AUGACGGGCCACAGCAGGAAUGAGCCGCCCCCAAAACGCCAAAAACUUCCGCUGCCAGCGCUCGCCAGUCGCUCGGGCAGUGGGUCGCAGAGGCCGGCUCGCAGGAAAGUAAUGGAGGCUUGCCAGCAAUGUCGCGAGAAGCGUAUCAAAUGUAACGGAAAGUGGCCGUGCGAGAGUUGCUGCAGGAAGGGCUACGAGUGCAGUCUGGGCUCCGGCACACAGGAUGACCAUGUUCAACUGACCAAUGUCGUAAAUCAAAUUCUGGCACGCCUGAGCCGGGUCGAGGAGGCCAUGGAAAGGCAAUCUGAGGAUUCCGGUGCAAGUGAGGGCGUGGGGCAAGUUUACGACACGAACAUUUGGCGCGCUGAUUCUGCUAUAGGACAUCAAACGCGUACGAAGGACGGCCCAACAAUUGACUCUGCCACCGAGGUGAAUCCACAAACGGGCUGUUUCGAGUACUAUGGAGAAACAUCCAACUUUGUCAUAGCAAAGUCCCUAGCCAGGAGACUGCAGCAUUAUGGAGGCCAUGUUGAUCCAUCCCCUGGCAGCCAGGACGAUAGACAAGUGCAUGUAGGAGCCGAAACUGAUGGGCUUGGCCUGCACACCAUGCUGGACUCGUAUGACCUUGUUAUGCCUCAUAACACAGCUGUCAGGCGAUAUCGGACUCUGCAAAGGGAUAUCGCAGAUGGACAUUUAGAGACCUUCCUUGCCACAAUCCAUAUCUACCUCCCGAUCUUUGAUAUCCAAACCUUUCGAGCCAAGUACUGUCGCCUAAGAGACCUCUUUGGCUCCAACCUAUUGUUCACAUCGCCGCGAGAGAACCAGGUUCAGCAGCAAUCGUUAUGCCUGCUAUACGCAGUUCUUGCUCUGGGUGCAUUAUAUGCCGACGAUGAGGACAGCUCAUCCUGGGCUUCUUGGUAUUUUGCGGAAGCGCAGGGGUUGAUUGGGCGUUUGUUUGAUGCAGUCAGCUUGGAGCUGGUGCAAGCGGGAAUGCUCAUGGGUGCCUAUGCACAGCAUGCUCUGAAACCAAGUUUGGCCUAUAACCUGGCGGGGCUCGCGACCAGAAUGGCGUUUUCAAUCGGUCUAAAUGUUGACUCUCGUCUCACACAACACUGCUGGGAUGCCGAGGAAGGGCGGCGCACAUGGUGGAUGAUCUAUAUCCAGGAGGUGGAAUUGAGCGUGGACUCUGGCCGGCCAAUGUCCAUCAGCAAAAGUGACAUUUUAGUCGACCUGCCGGCAGAUGUUCCAUCUUCAGAUCAACUCCAUCAAUCGAUGGCUCCGUUCAUCAAAGCCCUUGCGGGAAUCGCGCAGAUUACUCGUGGGAUUCUAAAGUUGGUUACUGCGUGUCGCACUAUUGACACAAGGAGAUCGUCUGCGAUCAAGAUUCCCACGUUCGACGACCGCCUGAAUCAAUGGCGGCAAUCGCUGCCCGCCAUGCUCCUCUUCGACGAUGAAGACUUCCGCCAGGAGUCCGAAAGUGCAACUUCCUGGGUCCCUCGCCAGCGGAGCAGCCUUCUUGUUCACUACUAUCUUGCCCUUAUCGUCCUACAUCGGGGUUCAUUCACGAAAGCCGAUCCUUCAACGACCAGCAGCCUAAUCAAGCACUCUCGGGGCACUUGUGUACAAGCUGCGCGUGUAAUCAUUGUGCAUGUGCAUGGCUUGUUCGGAGCGGCGCCUUGCCUGAAACGUUGGAGAUAUUACUGCUAUUACUGCCUUCAGGCCACAUUGGUACUUCUGAUGCAAAUCAUUGACGAGCCAGCGGCCGAGGAAACUCACGAAAUAGUCACAGUUUGCCGGCUCGCCGUCAGCGUCUUUAGACAAAUUAAUCUGAAAGCUGCUAAGCGGUGCGCUGAGUUGGCGACUCAAAUAAUUGAACAGUGGAGAACGCAAUAUGACCGCGAAAAUGCAAAGGGCCAGCCGCAAGGUCUGUGGUCAAAUUUCGAUGCAGUUGCCAGGAUGACGGAUCUGGAGCGAAUGCCUGAGAGUCAUGGUUUGGACCUUUCCAUCAAUGACGACUUAUGGGCCUUUUUUGCGGAUCCGGAAGUGCAUUCAAGAUCGUUUGAUAGCUGGGUGGAUAUCUUGAAUGCGGAGGAUGUAUAUAAAGAUCGAACUACUUAG